GUGGAUGUUUGUUCACUAUUCUCUGUGUGUGCCUGCAGUGUGCCUUUUGGACUCGUCCUCCUGCGGCUGCUGCUUGAUGCAGAGGCAGAUGUUUAGAAUGGAGAGCUUCUUCAACAUGAGCCUCACUGAGCUGCAGAGAGACCUGCAGAGAGCUCAGGCGGCGCUCCAUAACCUCCGCGCCAGCCGCAGUGCUUUCUCCGUGGCUCUGACCGACACCCGGCGCUGCUUGGGGCCCUUCCGCGAGGACACCGUCGUCAUGUACCAGUCCGUCUUCCUCAACCUGGGCGACGGCUACAGCACCUCCACCGGCGUCUUCACCGCGCCCCGCUCCGGCGUCUACAGCCUGGCCCUCACUGUCUACAGCGACGCCGGCUCCCCGGGUGCCACCCUGGCCGCCUGUGCCCGCCUGAGACGCAACGGGGGCGUCCUGGCCUCGCCGAGCGAGCACAACAUGCAGGACCAAGAGGACAGCGUCAGCGUGACCAUGGCCGUGCAGCUCAACGCCGGGGAUAGGGUGGACGUGUUACUGCCCGCCGGCUGCUUCCUGUGCGACAGCGACAACCACUACAACACCUUCACCGGCUUCCUGCUCUACGCCACCGACUGA